CCGAUUGAUCCCCUGCACAGGGACCCAAGCAUAGAAACAGCGUCGACGCCUGGCAGCUCUUUGAAACCUCCAGGUCCCUCCGACACUAAGGAAACACGAUACGCAUUUACCUCAGCACCAUUUUCUUCUACUCGACAGGCUGAUCGGGCUGUAAAUGACUCCAUGGACUCCAUGACUUCCCAGUUAGAGGGUUUACAAUUUGAGCCAGAUGCCACACUUUUAGACCUGCCUGUUGUUGUGGUGCAAUACAAGAAGAAAUCUGGUGAUCUGGCGAAAACAACGAAUCAGCUCAGGAUGUACCUCACCGCGUCAGUCAAGUUCUUGCAGACCGUUGGAGUCGCGAACUUCCCUGUAUAUGGGGUUAAGGCCGAUGGCCCUGUUGUGUCCUUACCUGCGGCAGUCCUACGAGAUGAUGACAAUAUCGUCCACCUCUUUGAACGGCUAGUUGAAAGGCUGGACAUUUCUACACCGUUGGGAGCGUGGCAAUACGCGACAGUCCUUUGUCGACUCGCGACAAUUCACGCUGGGCGCCUUGGGAGGGAGUUCGAAACGGUAAAGGAGGACUUGAUUACAUCAUUGCGCAACAAUGGGAAAGAUAUGGAAAAAUGGACGACCACUCACCAACUUACCACGCUCGCGGCAGAAAAUAAAGUGAAAUUCAUGCCAAAAACGAGUCAGAAAAAGGUGAAGUGAAGACUAUAGUGUAUUGCUCUAGGGAUACCUUGUCAGGUAUGUCUGUAUGGAUAUCAUACAAUAGCCCUCCGGUCGCUCCUGGAUGCAGGGCACUUUUACACGUCACAUUCACAUCGUUAUUGAAAUGCAGUUGCCAUGGUAGGGAAAUGUCUUUAUGGGAUUGUUUGUUCUAUGAGUGUGCUGUCUACGAAGGCAAAACAUAACUACUUGUUUUUGUUGGUUUUAUGUUGGGUGGUAGAUGUUGUAUCUAUUUAAAGGUAUGAGUUAGUGGUUUAUGG